AUGCGAUGGUCACCUCUUAACCAGCCGCACAGCUGGGGCUCGCCCUCCUCUAACAACCAGUGGAGGAAGAAGAGCUUCCAAAGUCUCAUCCAGUGGUUUGACACAGCACCAAGCCGGACUUGCCCGCAGUGCAGAAUCCAGGUCAGCAAAAGACACAUCAUCAAUAAGUUGUUUUUUGAUGUUGCCCUGGAGGAGCAGACAACACCGGAUGCAGAGACCUUGCAGAAUGAACUGGACAGGGUGAAGGCUCAGCUCUCCAUGAAAGAGAAAGAAAAGCGUGAAUGCCAGGCUGUUGUGGAUGGGCUGAGGGACACUCUGGAUGUACGCAAUGCCACAAUAGAGUCACUCCAGAAGGUGCUGGGAGAGACAGAGAUGCUGUGUUCCUCUCUGAAGAAGCAGAUGAAAUUCCUGGAGCAGCAGCAGGAGGAUAACAGAAGUUCAAAGGAGGAGGCCCGCCGUCUGCGAAACAAGCUGAGAACCAUGGAGCGGAUUGAGCUGUUGCUUCAGAGCCAGCGCCCUGAAGUGGAGGAGAUGAUCAGAGAGAUGGGAGUCGGGCAGGCAGCGGUGGAACAGCUUGCGAUCUACUGUGUCUCGCUGAAAAAGGAAUAUGAAAACUUGAAGGAGGCUCGGAAGAUCUCUAGUGAGAUGACAGAGAAGCUGAAGAAGGAGCUGUUUUCUGUCAAUAGCAAGCUGCAGAAGACGGUUUCAGAGUUGGAGAAGACACGGGAGGAGUUAAAAAGCACCCAGAAGGAUCUGAAGAAUGCGGACAAGGAGAUCUUGAGUUUGAAGAAGAAGAUAGACAUCCUGCAGGAUACUCUGAAGGUCCCAUCUGUAACCAGAGAGACACUGAGUCGACUUGUCUUUGAAAGCCCUGUUUCUGUGGAACUGCGGCACCCGAAGCUCCACCGCCCGGCCCACAGCGAUGAGAUCAAUCUAGAUGCUACUUUUGAUGUGGACACCCCUGAACAUCAGCCCUGCAGAUCUCUCUUCAGCCCUGCAAAAAGGCAGAAGCUGGAUAAAAAGCCGCCUCCUGUGGUAAAUCUGGCAAAGAAAGUUCUGAAGGAAACAGUGGAGAACUGGGCAGAUGAUCUGGAGGAUGAUGCUCUUAAAGGACUCUUGCCAGCAUUCAUCAGGAACUCUGUUCUCUCCAAGAAACCAUCUUCGGGUAGCUUGCUGGGUCCCCACAAGAACACAGGCACUGUGAGAAUGGGGUAUGAUGGCUUGGGAGGCAGAACAAAGUUCAUACAGCCUACAAACCUGGCAGAAAUCCGUCCAUUAGCAGUGAGGAGCAAGAAGAAGAAUGUCUCCAGGCCAGCAUCUGCAGCUCCCUCCACAUCUUCUUCCAGCAGCAGCAGCCAAGCCAGACUGGACAGUUUCCUGCAGUGA